AUGUUUGGUAACAAUGCGAUAACAUCCUCUUGGGCUAAUCCCCAACAAAACCAACAACAGCAACAGCAACAACAGGGAACCAGCGCCUUUGGACAACCAACCGCUUUUGGUUCGACAGGCACUUUUGGUCAACCUCCACAGCAACCUCAAGCCAACCCGAUGUUCGGAGGUUUGGGUGGGACGAGUAAUACUGGAACUGGUGCUUUUGGCGCGUUUGGAGGUGCAACUAAUCAGGCAAGUACCAACUCGGGCUCAGUGUUUGGUGCUCCAAAACCUGCCACUGGUUUUGGCGCGUUCGGAGGCGGUGGAACUAGUACUUUCGGAGGUGGUGGCACCAGUGCGUUCGGUAAUACGGGGCAGAAUACGACGAGUGCUUUUGGCCAACCCGCGAAUACCGGUGCAUUUGGUGGUGGUACUGGUGGCAGUAUAUUCGGUCAACCCAAGACGACAUCGGCGUUUGGGACUACGACGGCAGCUACCAAUGCGACAGCUCCUGUCACUACUGGCUCUUCCAACCCUCCAUAUGCCACGACUCCCGAAAAAGAUGCGAAUUCCAGUAUAACCCUGCAAUAUCAAUCCAUUUCAAGCAUGCCUGCGUACGCUGGGACAUCCUUCGAGGAACUCCGAGUACAAGACUACCAGCAGGGACGCAAAACCGCUACCGCAGGUUCUUUUGGGCAACAAUCAAGCUUCGGUGGUACUCAGACUACGGGUGGCAGUAUAUUUGGUCAGCCACAGAACACCCAGCCGGCACAAACUAGCUCUAUAUUUGGAGCACCGAAACCGACGACCGGAUUUGGCGCGUUUGGUAAUACUACGGCCACUAACACAAAUACUGGAGCGUUCGGAGCUACAAACAAUGCCUUUGGGCAGCCUCAACAGCAACAACCUCAACAACAACCGACGACAGGCUUUGGUUUCGGCCAAACCCAACAACAGCCUCAACAGCAAACCGCCAGCCUCUUUGGUAACACAAAUACUGGAGGAAGUGCAUUCGGUAACACGAACCCCACUGGUGCUUUCGGUACUACUGCGUUUGGCACAAAUUCCAAUCAACAGCCUCAGCAGCAGCAACCAACUGGGAGUAUAUUCGGUCAACCUCAACCAGCCGCGAAUACGGGCAGCACUUUCGGUGCAUUUGGAAAUACUGCAACCAAACCAUCGAUAUUCGGUCAACCUGCUCAACCUGCUGGCCAGACGUCUAUCUUCGGGCAGCCUGCGCAACAAAACCAGCAGCAGCAACAACAGCCUUCAAUUUUCGGCACUACUAAUGCUGGUGGCAGUAGUCUGUUUGGCAAUAAUGCUAAUCAACAGCAGCAGCAACAACAACCCCAGCAGCCCGGCACAUCGCUUUUUGGCAAUAACGCCGCCACUGGUACCGGAGGACUUUUCGGGACUGGCACGGGGACUAACUUAUUUGGAGCCAACAACCAACAACAGCAGCAGCAGCCUCAACAACAACAAACCGGAACGACGGGCUUUGGUACUAGCUUGUUUGGAGCUAAGCCCGCAGCCCCUGCCGGAGGUGGAAUUUUCGGGAAUAAUAAUGCAUUCGGUGCCGCGCAGCCUACAACGACCGCCCAGCAGCCGACAUUGUUUGGAAAUACGUUCAAUCAGUCCACGAACCAGCAGCAACCUGCUGCAGGCGGAGGGUUUUUCAACAAAGCUCCGUCGAUGGGAAUGGCUACCUCAAUGGGUCCAGGCGGUAAUUUGUUCGGCAAUUCAACUUUUGGGAACUCUACCAACACCCUCGCCGGGUCUACUAAUACUCCCAACCAACAAGGUGGCCUCAUAGCAUCUAUCAAUCAACCAAUCGCACCAAACCUCCCUAUAUUUUCGAUGCUUCCACCUGGUCCUCGUGCAGUAGAUCUGGAACAGUCAACAAAAAAGAAGAUUCCCUUCUUUGUCGACGUUCCUACUCGCUCCCCAGUCCCUCGAGUCCAACUUGGCUACACUCCUGCCGCCUCGAAACUUCGAGGUUUUGGAUCCUCGACAUCGAGUUCGGCAUUGAGCGGAAGCGUUUUCGCACCUUCAAACUCUACAACACUGACGUUGAGCAGAUCACAGACACCAAAGCAGUCCAUCGAAGCCAUCUUCGGGACGCAUUCUAGCCCAUCAUUAGGGAGUGGACAGAGAAAGAGUGUAAAGAAGUUGAUUCUUGAUAAAAAGGUUGAACCUACAGAGCUGUUUGUCAAAUCCGGUGGUUCGCCAUUACGAGGAGGAGGGAAAAUCACGUUCAGUCCUGCACUUAGCAUUGCUGCGCGAGAACGUGAAGCUGCCGCUGCCGCAUCUCCACCGCCGAGUCAACCAACGAAGUCUCCGACACCAACCCCGCAGCCCCAACGCACUCCGAAAAAAUUCACCGCAUCACAUAACGGACAAGGAGCAGAUGAGGACGAUCUCCAAGAAGGCGAUUACUAUGUCAAGCCAGACAUGGAAAAACUCAAAUCAUCUGGGUUCGACCAACUCUCGUCCUUCAAGGAUCUUGUGGUUGGGCGGGUCGGGUAUGGGGAGAUACAUUUUCUCGAGCCAGUGGAUCUUACCGGAUUACUCAAGUUAGGCGAACUCCUCGGCAGUGUGAUCCGGUUUGAGGACAAGGAAUGCAGUGUGUAUCCUGAUGCGGACGACACGGAAAAACCUCCUGAAGGAUCCGGUCUCAAUGUCCGCGCGAAGAUAUCGUUAAAGAGAUGUUGGGCGAUGGACAAGGCACAUCGAGAACCCAUCAAGGAUGAGAAGAACGCCUCAGCUGUGAAGCAUCUGAAAAAGUUGCGGAACAUGAAGGAUACGCACUUUGAAAGUUUUGAUAUUUCUGAUGGGACAUGGACGUUCACGGUGGAUCAUUUCUAA